AUGUCAGCUCCCCAAAGCAACACUCCCAUUGCCAUCAUUGGUAUGUCAAUGAACUUCCCGGAAAGUGGUACCUCUGCGACAGCUUUCUGGGAUAUGUUGUGCAAAGGCCGCAACGUCUCAACGAAAAUUCCCAAGGAGCGCUUCAAUGUCGACGCUUUCCGCCACCCGGACACAAGCAAGCACUACAGCAUGAAUGCGGACGGUGGCCACUUCAUUGAGACACCUUUGGACUGCUUCGAUGCUCCUUUCUUCAGCAUCGGUCUUGCGGAAGCAGCGUGCAUGGACCCACAGCAACGAUUGUUGCUGGAGACAUCCUUCCAUGCUCUCGAGAACGCUGGCAUCACCAUACCAUCUUGUGCGGGAUCUGAAACGGCUGUCUAUACUGGUAGCUUCAUGGAUGAUUACAAAAGCGUCAUGUAUGCGGAUCCGGAACUGGAGAGGCGUUAUGCAGCCUCCGGUCUGGCAACCAAUAUGAUCGCCAAUCGGAUCAGUUGGUUUUACGAUUUCAGAGGCCCAAGUGUGAAUCUCGAUACGGCUUGUUCGAGCAGUCUCACAGCACUACAUGCAUGUUGUCAAGAUUUGAGGUUAGGCAUCGUCAACAUGGGCCUCGUAGGAGGAUGCAGUCUGGUUUUUGGGCCCGACAACUUCUACACGAUGACCAGCAUGAAUUUCCUUUCCCCGGACAACCGUAGCCACAGCUUUGAUGAAUCUGCAAAUGGCUAUUCUCGAGGCGAAGGCUUCGGUAUGGUGGUCGUCAAAAGAUUAGACRAUGCGAUCCGAGAUGGUGACACAGUGCGUGCCAUUAUACGUGCAACUGGAAUAGGCCAAGAUGGACGAACACCUGGCAUAACGGUACCUAGUGGAUCAAGUCAGCGCAGUCUGAUUGAGAAGACUUACAGCCAAGCGGGGAUUUCCAUGGAACCCACGAGAUACUGCGAAGCGCACGCAACUGGAACGCCAGUCGGCGACCCAAUCGAGGCAAAUGCCAUUGGCGAAGCGUUUGCAAAAUACAGGACAGAGUCGGCGCCAAUGUUCCUCGGCUCGGUAAAGGCAAACGUUGGUCAUAUGGAGGCAGCCAGCGGUUUGGCUAGUCUGAUCAAGACCGUGCUCAUCCUGGAAAGCGGCGUCAUACCACCAGUGGCUGGACUGGAGAACAUCAACUCGAAGAUCAAAGCACAGCAAUAUCAUCUACACGUAAGCUGGGUCUCUUAA